UUCAAUAGUAUACAUACAUGCAUGUAUGUAUGUAUAGCUAUCUUAUUCUUAGUCAAAGAAUGUAUAUAGCUCAAAACAACUAAACAAGUUAUCCCUUUUCAUGAUAUAGUCAUUAUCACUUUCCGAAAUCCUUUUCGAUAACAUCGAUUACAUUUUUUGCAAUGGUUCGUUAACAUAAGGUGUCAAAUUUCAAUGUCUUACAUUCUCUAUAGUCUUCUGGAGUUCUCUUUUUUAAAAUUCAUUUCUCUGUAGACAUCACAACUUCGUCUUCAAUUUAGGUUUUUCAUAUGUGAUGAACUUGGGGGUUUCAGUUCCUUCGUGUAUGAUUUUACUUUACAGUGUCGGAGCGUUUUCAUCUGUACAUGUGGUGUAUAUAGUAAAUUGAGAGAAAUUGAAAGUGUCCCGAGUGUUUCCCUUCCAUAAUUUGAUUUCUCCUGUUCAUAAUUGCAAUAGCGUUUGAUUUUCGGUUGAAGAAGAUAGAUACAUGUAUAUGUAAGUAGAAUUAUUAGGGGGAAAAAGUGUGUCAGCGUUUUUCUCUUGGAUUCAAUCGAUCAGGAGUUCGAUUGUGUUGAAGAACACACAAAAACACACAUUUAGGUUUUGGAAUUGUUCCAGAUGGCUGUGGGCGCACAAAGAAUGAAUCAGAUAAGGUAUCCUGUUGUUGACACCUCCGAUUUGAUGGGAAGUAGGCAUGAAAUCGUUGCAGAAACACCUCCUACUCCUAGAGAAGUUGAAGAUAGAAUUUAUGUGGCAGUGGGGAAAGAUUUGAAAGAGAGUCAGUCAACUCUGCUAUGGGCACUACGCAAUUCAGGAGGCAGACAGAUAUGCAUCCUUCAUGUUCAUCAACCUGCAGACAAGAUCCCCAUUAUGGGCACAAAAUUUCGAAUAAACCAACUGGAAGCACAUCAAGUCUCAUCAUACCAUGAGAAAGAGAAGCAAAAUAUGCGUCAACUUCUUGAUGAAUAUAAUCAAAUAUGUCAGAAUGCAGGGGUGACUGCAGAGUUGUAUGAUGUUGAUAACGAUUCUAUUGAGAAAGGUAUUGUUGAAUUCAUAAUCGAUCACAAUGUCAGAAGGCUUGUCAUGGGGGCAGCUGCAGACAAGCAUUUUUCAAGGAAAAUGGUUGACUUAAAGUCCAAGAAAGCCAUCUAUGUACGUUUACAAGCAGCUGCUUCAUGUCAGAUUCAGUUUAUAUGCAAAGGAAACAUCAUUUUCACUAGACAAGGAAGGGUAGAUGGAGUUAAUGUUUCCCUUUCAUCUCUAUCACUGCAACCAAACACAACCUCUAAUUCCGGACCGAGUUCCUUGAGGUCAAGAUCCGUUAGUGAAAUUACAGGAUUACCCCUGAAUAGUCCAAUGCGAGACUACCAUAGAGCCAUGUCCGACAACCGUGGGAUUAAAACCUCACCAAAUUUUAAUGUUGAGUUAAUUUCUUCAAGUAGGGUAAGUGUAGGAAGAACAUCCGAUGAAUGGAGUGGGAUUUCACAGAGAAGUCGAAGUCCUUCAACAGGGUCUCGAUUGUCUACAUGUUCCAGUGAAGUGGUGGAGCCUUAUGCAAUAAUUGAAAGUGGUGAAAUUGAAUUGGAGUAUGGUUUCAAGGAGGAUAUUGAUAUUCGCCAUACUUCACCUCCAAGUGUUUUGCAGGAAAGAGGUGUGAAUGAUGAGCUUUAUGAUCAACUUGUACAAGCAAUGGCUGAAGCAGAUAAUUCAAAACGAGAUGCAUUUGAAGAGUCUUUAAGGCGUAGAAAAGCAGAAAAAGCUGCCAUUGAGGCUAAACGAAGGGUCAAAGCAUCAGAAGCCUUAUAUGCGAACGAACAAAAACUCCGACACGAAAUCAACGAAUCACUUGAAAAAACCAAAGAAGAACACGAAAACAUCAAAAGGGAACUAAACGAAGUGUCACAAGAACUCCAAAUUGCACUCCAACAAAAAUCACAUCUCGAAAGUCAAAUCGCAGACAUUGACCAAACGGUCAACGAACUUGAGCAAAAAAUGUUCUCAGCUGUUGACCUUUUGAAAAACUACAAAAAGGAACGCGAUGAAUUACAAGUGGAAUGUGAUGAUGCACUUAGGCUUUUAGAGGAAAUGAAAGAGAAGGAAAGACGAGAUGAAGGGUCGAGUUCAAAUGCGAUGAGUCAUCAGUUUUAUACCGAGUUUUCUUUUGAAGAAAUUAAAGAUGCCACGUGUAAUUUUGAUCAGUCUUUGAAGAUUGGUGAAGGUGGGUAUGGAAGUAUUUUUAGGGUGUCACUCAGGCAUACUGAAGUGGCUAUUAAAAUGUUGCAUUCUCAUAGCUUGCAAGGACCUUCAGAAUUUCAACAAGAGGUUAGCGUUUUGAGCAAACUGAGGCACCCAAAUCUGGUAACCCUGAUCGGAGCAUGUCCAGACGCAUGGAUAAUCAUCUACGAGUAUCUCUCAGGAGGAAGCUUAGAAGAUCGACUCACAUGCAAAAACAACACUCCGCCGUUAUCAUGGCAGACACGAAUCCGAAUCGCCGCCGAGUUAUGCUCCGUUCUCAUCUUCCUCCAUUCAUGCGGCGUCGUUCACGGCGAUCUAAAACCCGCUAAUCUCCUCCUCGAUCAAAACCUCGUCACAAAACUAAGUGAUUUCGGAAUCUGUCGCGUCCUUUCAGAAAACGAAUUAACAUCCAACAACACAUCGCUAUGUUGCAGAACAGAUCCGAAGGGGACUUUCGUGUAUAUGGAUCCGGAGUUUCUUUCGACCGGAGAGUUGACUUCGAAAUCAGAUACGUAUUCUUUUGGUGUUAUACUUUUGAGGCUGUUGACGGGGAAACCGGCUUUGGGGUUGAGGAAGGAAGUGCAGUAUGCGAUGAAUAAAGAGAAUUUGAAAAGUGUUUUGGAUCCGACAGCUGGCGAUUGGCCAUUUGUGCAAGCUCAACAGUUGGCUUUGUUAGCGAUGAAUUGUUGUGAUAGUGUUCGUGAGAAUAGACCGGAUCUUGCGUCUGAGGCAUGGAGAGUGCUUGAACCGAUGAGGGUGUCGUGUGGAUUGUCUUCGUUUCGAUUUGGUUCUGAUGGACAAUGUCAGAUUCCACAUUACUUCAUCUGUCCAAUCUUUCAGGAAAUCAUGCAAGAUCCGGUGGUUGCUGCGGAUGGAUUUACUUACGAAGCAGAAGCUUUAAAAGGAUGGUUAGACAGCGGGCAUAACACCUCACCCAUGACCAACCUUGACCUGGUCAACUCCAACCUUGUACCUAAUCACGCCCUGAGGUCUGCCAUUCAGGAAUGGCUCCAACAAUCAUGAAUGAGAAUGACCCGUUGAAUGCGAUAUAUAUAAAUUAUAAUACAUAUAUGUAUAUAUGGAAAUGGUAAAAAUUUAUUGAUUCUAUCCAUUGUGUUACCUUGAUUGUGUUAAACACGGUUGGUUUAUAUUUGCAGUGUUGUAGUUCUCGGAUAUAGUAAAACUUUAUUAGAGAAUGCAUAUAUUUUGUUAUCCA